AUGGCCCACACUCUCCGCUGGCUGCAGCUGCUGCUGCUGCUACUCUUCUGUUUCUGUGCCCAGAGUUUAUUCCGGUCCCCAACUCAGAAUGAACUACUGAACACAAUGGUACAUCCUCAUGAUGGCUGGUUUCGGCAAAGGCUUGAUCAUUUCACUCAACAGCGUUUUUUAUUCUGGCAACAGAGAUACUUAAUUAAUGAUACCUUCUACAGACCUGGAGGUCCAGUCUUUCUGAUGCUUGUAGGGGAGAAGGCUCUUAAUAGAAUCAUGCUAUUAAAGAAAUACGCUUGGAUUACCUAUGCUGAGAGACUGGGUGCCUUCUGCAUCCUUCUGGAACACAGAUUUUAUGGACACAGCCAACCAACAGGAGAUCUGACUAUUACCAGCCUCCAAUACCUGAGCAGCAAACAAGUCUUGGCUGACAUUGCCUACUUCCGGAUUGAAAUGGGACAGCAAAUGAGGCUCACCCAAAAUAAGUGGGUUGUAUUUGGUGGCUCUUAUGCUGGCAUCCUUGCAGUGUGGUCAAGAAUAAAAUACCCCAACCUGUUUGCUGCAGCAGUGGGCAGCAGUGCCCCCCUAAAAGCAAAAGUGAAUUUUUUUGAGUACUUUAAAAUGAUUGAUAGAAUUCUGACCAAUCGUGAUAAGAAAUGUUCAAAAUCAGUGAAAGAGGCUUUUGGUCAUCUUGCAGAAAUGGUGAAACAUCCGGAAUACUAUAUUAAACUUAAAGAUGAUUUCAACUUAUGUAAUGUUUUUGGUAAUGACUCAUCAAUGGACACUGCCUAUUUUAUGAAGAAUUUGCUGUCACUGCUUUACAUCAUUGUUCAGAAAAAUGUGAUGAACAUUGCGGCGCUGCAGAAUCGCUUCCCCAUUGAUUACUUCUGUGCCAUAAUGGCUAACACCUCACUGGGGUCACCAUAUUAUAGAUUUGCGCAUUUUGAAAAUAAUUUGCUCAAGAUUAAAAAUCAGAGUUGCUUUGUUUCAAAUUACAAGGACUACCUGGCAGCCAUGAGUAACCCUUCCAUGGAUAGGAGAAAACUUAAAAAAGAUAGGCAAUGGUUAUAUCAGAGCUGCACUGAAUUUGGCUUCUUUCAGACCACAGAUUCCAAGAAUCACCCCUUCUCUGGUGUGCCUCUCAGGUAUUUUUUAAAGCUAUGUUCAGAUGCCUUUGGCCUUAAGUUCAGCACCGAUUCAGUGUCUCGGGCCAUUAGGACCACCAACAGGCAUUACGGAGGCUUGAAGGUGAAUGGAAGCAAAAUCAUAUUUCCCAACGGUUCCAGCGAUCCUUGGCAUGUUCUGGGAGUCACCAAGAAUAUACGGGAAGAUUUGCCUGCUGUCUUCAUGAAAGGUAACACAGUUGUGAAUAGUCAAAGACCCACAAAUAAGAUGAUCUAUCAGCGAGCAAAGGUGAAGACCACUGUGCAGAUAUGCAAGAACAAAGGCAAACUGAUUCCAUUCAACUAA